AUGAGUGUGCCCCUGAGCCUUGUGGGCAGUGGGUGGUGGGCCCUGCGGGCAUCAGCAUGUCCUGAGCGUGUGCGCUGCAGGUGCCGCCUGGAGGCCCCGAAGGACGUACAAAGGGGAAUCAUGGAGCGGAAGAAGGCGACUCAGGGCAAAGGGCGAGCUUUGGAGUCCAGGGACCCCGGUCAGCCUCUCGGCUCUGCCAGGGACUGCAGGGCUCACGGGCCUUCCUGUCUCCGGGGCCCUCAGGAAGAUGCUUUCCCCCCUACUCUCUGCCUGGCCAAGGACAAGCAGCUUCUCCUCUGGGGGCCUCGGCUCCUCAUCGCCGUCUCUCUGCUGACCCCCAAGCUCUCGCCUCCACCUGCCUUUCGGGCAGCCGCCUUACACUCAACAAGUCCAACCUGGAGCUGGGCAUCUUCCGCCGGCAGCCCUCCGCCUCCCAACUUCCCUCCGGCUGGGGGGGGGUCGUGCUCCCUCUCCCCCCAGAUCCAAGAUGGCCCCAACCUCUGGCGAGCAGGCGCCCUGCCCUUGUCCCUCACCGUGGCCCCAUCCUGGGAGGCCGCACCUCCAGUGCACCAGGACUCCGGUGGGGGUCCGCCUGCCCCAGAAGCCCCACUGCCGGCAGCCUCCUCUCAGCACCAAGGGGAUUUUCCUAAAAUCCAGGUCCGCUCCCGCCACAUCCCGCCCCCCCCCCUCCGUGCCCCCCACGACCUCCAGGGUCCCACAGACCUGCUCUGUUUCUCACCGAAGCCCCCAGGAGCCGGCCCCCUCCCAGCACCGCCUCCCCACACCCCCUGGCCUUGUGAGAAGGGCCAGCCUCCUGCCUGCUCCUCAGCCGGACCUCCACCUCAGGGCUUUCCUCCGCCCAGACCUCCCAUUCUAGCGACUAAGGACCUCCGCAGUCCCUGCCCGAGCCUCCUCCCAGCUCCGCAGCCCCGGCCGAGCCCCCUCCCAGCUCCGCAGCCCCGGCCGAGCCCCCUCCCAGCUCCGCGGCCCCGGCCCGAGCCCCCUCCCAGCUCCACAGCCUGUCCCGAGCCCCCUCCCAGCUCCGCGGCCCCGGCCCGAGCCCCCUCCCAGCUCCGCAGCCCGGCCCGAGCCCCCUCCCAGCUCCGCAGCCCCGGCCCGAGCCCCCUCCCAGCUCCGCAGCCUGUCCCGAGCCCCCUCCCAGCUCCGCGGCCUGUCCCGAGCCCCCUCCCAGCUCCGCAGCCCCGGCCGAGCCCCCUCCCAGCUCCGCAGCCCCGGCCCGAGCCCCCUCCCAGCUCCGCGGCCUGUCCUGAGCCCCCUCCCAGCUCCGCAGCCUGUCCCGAGCCCCCUCCCAGCUCCGCGGCCUGUCCCGAGCCCCCUCCCAGCUCCGCGGCCUGUCCCGAGCCCCCUCCCAGCUCCGCGGCCUGUCCCGAGCCCCCUCCCAGCUCCGCGGCCUGUCCCGAGCCCCCUCCCAGCUCCGCAGCCCCGGCCCGAGCCCCCUCCCAGCUCCGCAGCCCCGGCCCGAGCCCCCUCCCAGCUCCGCAGCCCCGGCCCGAGCCCCCUCCCAGCUCCGCAGUCCCGGCCCGAGCCCCCUCCCAGCUCCGCAGCCUGUCCCGAGCCCCCUCCCAGCUCCGCAGCCCCGGCCCGAGCCCCCUCCCAGCUCCGCAGCCUGUCCCGAGCCCCCUCCCAGCUCCGCAGCCCCAGCCCGAGCCCCCUCCCAGCUCCGCAGCCCCAGCCCGAGCCCCCUCCCAGCUCCGCAGCCCCGUCCGAGCCCCCUCCCAGCUCUGCAGCCCCGUCGGAGCCCCCUCCCAGCUCCGCGGCCCCGGCCCGAGCCCCCUCCCAGCUCCACAGCCUGUCCCGAGCCCCCUCCCAGCUCCGCAGCCCCGGCCCGAGCCCCCUCCCAGCUCCGCGGCCUGUCCCGAGCCCCCUCCCAGCUCCGCAGCCUGUCCCGAGCCCCCUCCCAGCUCCGCGGCCUGUCCCGAGCCCCCUCCCAGCAUUCCCCGUUAA